AUGUCAGCUGUGGCAAAGUCAAAAGUGUUAAACCUUCUAAGGGUAUCAUCCCUUAUGAAUACAACUGCAAGACAACAAGCACAUCGGCAAAUAUUAUGCGCCCAGUCGCGUCAUAUUUUGGGACAUCAGCGAUUCAACAGUGUAUCAACACAGGGGAAGGCAGAUGAGUCCAAAGAAGAGGGAAUAAAUCUAACGGAUUCCUGUGUGAAGAGGCUAAUGGAGAUAACGGAGAAGGGUGAAUACCUCAGGAUACACGUGGAAGGGGGUGGAUGUUCUGGCUUCCAAUACAAAUUCUCUGUUGACAGCAAUAGGAGUGAAGAUGACAGAAUCUUUGAAAAGGGAGGUGUCGGUGUGAUUGUGGACCAGGAAAGCUUGGACUUUGUCAAAGGAGCCACACUGGACUUCAGCCAAGAGUUGAUUCGUUCUGCUUUCCUUGUGCUAAAAAAUCCCCAGGCUGAUCAUGGCUGUUCGUGUGGAAGCUCUUUCUCUGUCAAACUAUAG